AUGGAUCCCUUCGACAUCUGUCGCGUUUGUAUGGAAGAGGUAGACAACUUUUGGCCACUCUUUGACCACUGCGAGCUAUUGCCAUCCGGAAUGCAGCCCGCCACGCUCAUCUCGAAGGUUUCCGGAGUAAGCGUCCAGAAGGACGAAGGACUGCCCGAAAUGGCUUGCAACAGCUGCCUAGCGGCCAUGGUGAACGCGUACGUUAUUCGACAAAAGUGCAUCGCAUCCGAUCGGAAGCUGCGAAAGAUAUUGUUUUAUCGGCCGGUUCUAAAGCCACCUCCAGUCGAAGCGAAAGAAUUGUUUGUUGCUGUUCCCGUACCGGACACGGAUACUCUAAUUGAGCAUCAUGAACUUCAUUCCGACGCAAACAAGGAGCUGGUAGAGAAGCAGGCGCUGCUAGCUAAAGCAGGUUCAAUCAUUGAAGAAAACGUUCCCUCGUUACCCGACGAGAAUGAAGCGGAUGCUGGCGAGCUGGACGUGAUAACAGUGAAGAAGGAAGUUUUGAAUGACUUUUCAAUCGAGGACGUUCAGUACACCGAAGAGUAUCUGGUAGAGGAACACCACGAACACAAUGAAGUAGAGGACCACGAAGCGGCUUCGUACGACGAACCAGAAAGGUUGGGUUUUGACGAUACAAUACAGAUGGAGGUCGAGAUAGUCGAAACGGAAAACGCCAAGCAAAGACAUAUCUGCGAUGUUUGCGGUAAAGAGUUUUCGACCAAGGGCAACCUGAAAUCGCACAUGGUGCUGCACACCAACGAAAGGCCCUUUGCCUGCGAGCAGUGUGGGAUGAAUUUUGCGAAAAAGAGUAACUACAACGUGUACAAAACGCGCCAACGACGGUGCUACGUCAACCAGGACAUUAAGAAGCCGUAA